AUGGUCGAUACGGCUGCCGAGGUUUCCCACUUCCGCUCCCAUCAAUGGGCCAACUCCCUCAUCUCUUCCGAGGACUACAUUCCAAUUGACACGGACUCAAGGCGCGUUAAGCCCUCGACCGGAGAAGAUGGCUAUUUUGCCAAUACGCUAGGCACUUCGUCUACUAUUCCACACCUUCUCACCCUUCAACGGCGCAACCUUUCCCCCGCACCCGCCGAGAUCCCACCCUGGCUCCCCGCAACUAAGCAAGAUGCCGCCGCAAAGCCCACCCCAGGCGUGAACCCGGCUGAUGUGCUAGUGAUAUGUGAUCUCGGGAGUCCUGGUUUAUCGGGCCAUCCGGCUACAGUGCAUGGUGGUAUCACGGCGACGCUUAUCGAUGAAGCCAUGUCUCUUGCCGUUGCGGCGCAUGCCAAUGGUUCAGCAUCACCAUCAGCCUCGGCUGAAGAUAACCCACGCGGGAAGAUCUUCACUGUCCAACUGGACGUGCGGUAUCGCCAGAAAGUGAAAACUCCAGCUUUGCUCGUCGUCCGGGCUAAGGUUAUCGGGCGCGUCGGUCGGAAGUUCUGGGUACGGGCUCAGGCUGUGCAGGAGGAUGAGGAGGGCGCUGGUGGUCAUUUGGAGUGGGCGAAACGGAAAGUCGUCAAGGCAGAUGCUAUGGCUUUCUGGAUGGUUACCCCGGAACCCCGUCUGUAA